GCGAGCUGGUCGUCAUCCAGUGUGAGCAGCGAGCAUCAGUGGUGCAAGACUGAAGAACUGAGGGAAUCUGCGUUCCAGACCGAAAUAUACACUGGUACACAGGGCACAGAUGGCACCAAUAAGGAGUGUAGUUGUGCUGUUGCUUUUGGCUGGAUGCUGUGGGGUUCAGGGAACGGUGAAAAACGGUAAAGAACCGGACAACACGGGCGGCAAUUUUCUUCAGGACGAGCAAUGGCUGUCUACUAUCUCUCAAUAUAGCCGCAAGAUCAAGCACUGGAACCGCUUCAGAGACGAUGACUAUGUCAGAAAUGUGGAGGAUCCUCAGGGUUCUGAAGAAAGUGUGGACACAACCAAGGACCCAUGUCAGAAGGUGAAAUGUAGCCGGCACAAAGUGUGUGUGGCCCAUGGAUACGAGAGACCUGUGUGCAUCAACCGCAAGAAACUGGAGCACAGAGUCAGGCAGCCUGAACUGAAGCCUCAUGUUAGCAGCUGUAAACCGUGUCCACUGUCCUCCUACAACCCUGUGUGUGGAUCCGAUGGACAUAAUUACGCCUCCCAGUGUAAGCUGGAGCAGCAGGCAUGUUUGAAUGAAAAGGAGCUUAGUGUUAAGUGUGCAGGACCUUGUCCGUGUCUUAGUGAGCCUGUCCCAAAACCUGAGGUAGAGAAAGCACUCACUCCAAAACCAGAGAGCUGCACAGGUCAGGACUUGGCUGAUUUGGGGGACAGACUCAGGGACUGGUUCCAGCUUCUCCAUGGCAAUGCCAAAAUGAACAGCUCUGGCAGACAGGGAUCGGGAACAGCCUCAGUGUUUGAGAGGAAUUUGGUGGCAGGCUGCAAGGACUCCAUUGGCUGGAUGUUCUCUAAGCUGGACACUAGUAAUGACUUGUACCUGGACCACUCUGAGCUGGCUGCUAUUAACCUGGAGAAGUACGAGGUGUGUAUCAGACCGUUCUUCAACUCCUGCGACUCGUAUCGUGAUGGAAAGGUCUCUACAGCUGAGUGGUGUCUCUGCUUCUGGAGGGAGAAACCUCCCUGCUUGGCUGAGAUUGAAAGGCUUCAAGUACAGGAGGUAGCCAAGAGGAAACCAGGUAUGUACAUCCCCAGCUGUGAUGAGGACGGCUACUACAGGAAGCAACAGUGUGAUCAGAGCAAAGCAGAAUGCUGGUGUGUUGAUGCACAUGGCAGUGAGGUCCCUGGAUCACGCGUUCAUGGCAAGCCUGACUGUGAUGAGUUAGUGGGCUACUCUGGAGAUUUCGGCAGUGGUGUGGGAUGGGAAGAUGAAGAAGAGAAAGAGACAGAGGAAAAUGCAGAAGAGGCUGAGGAGGAAGAGGAGCCUGAGCCAGAGGAGACUGAUGAUGGAGGAUACAUCUGGUAGAAAAUUUUUAGCAUUCUUAUUGUGCUUUUGCUCCUUAAAGCCUUUUCCCAGUCUUGAUUUCAUUUUGUAACACAUAGCUUGAUGAAAAGGUCGACCAGGGGAAUUUUCACUGACUUAUAUGAAUUUAAUUAUUUCUUUAAAGUUUCAAUAGCAAAAAUUCCAGUAAACAAUACCCUCACAGCCAUUACAGUAAAACAUCUUACAUUUUACAUAUAAAUAUUGAACCCAUUCUGCUUAGCAUAU